CAUUCAUUUCAUGUUCAUUGAUUGAUAUUGAACUCUUAGAUCAGGUGAAGCAUUUAAGAAUUUUAUAUAUUAUUUUAUUUAUAAAAAAAAAAAAGUUUUUAUACAAAUCGUAUAAAUAUUGUAAUUAGAAGUUUUAUAAAAGUCCAUGAGCAAAUUAGUGUAACUCUUUGUAGUUUGUUAAAUAAACAACGUUUAUUAUUUUUUACGGUUUAAAUUCUAUAUGUGUACUACUAACAAAAUUAUCAUUUAAUGAUGAGAAGACCAUAAUGAAACACUACUCCAAUGGUCACAUGUCAUUUAAUGAUUUUUUUAUGAUGUACCUUACAAAAUGGAAGAGGGCUGCAGUUGUCUUACUGAUUAUUUGGAUUGGUGUCACAUAUCUUGUGAUAUCCCCUCUCAGAUGCAAUGGAAACACGGAAGAGAUAGCAGAAUUCCAAGAUAGAUUAAGGAGAGUAUCAUCUCAACUAGAAGCACUGAGACAACAGCAUAGUAAUCUAAUAGCACAGAUAAGAAAGUCAUCUGGUUUAAAUGGUAACCUGAAAGACAUAGACACCGGUUCUCUAUUCCUCGAUACUGGUCAUGGUCCAUCUGAGGAUUACGAGAAUCUUAGAAGAAGGAUAUAUUCCAACACAAAAGAGUUAUGGUAUUACAUUAGCCAUGAAUUGGGGAAAGCGAUACGCGACGAAAACAAAAUUGAGAAAUUACAGGCCGUUUUGGACCAAGUGGCCGAUAGGAAAAGAUCUCUACUAUCGGACCAAGAGAAAUUACCAGAGUUGGAUGGGUACCACGAGUGGCGGCAGAUGGAAGCGGCCAACGUCAGCGACCUCAUUCAGAGACGACUGCGUCACCUUCAGAACCCACCGGAUUGCAGGGAGGCUAGGAAGCUUAUUUGCAACUUGAAUAAGGGUUGCGGUUUUGGUUGCCAGCUUCACCACAUUGUUUACUGUUUGAUAUUUGCGUACGCCACAGAAAGGACAUUAAUAUUAAAUUCGAAAGGUUGGAGAUACAAUACCAAAGGGUGGGACUAUGUGUUUUAUCCGCUAUCAGAUAGCUGUACAAGUGCGUACGGCGACAAAGUGCUACAAUGGCCAGUGACGUACGAUGCUAAAGUAGUAUCACUGCCAUUCAUAGACUCGAUAUCGCAAAAGCCCAAGUUCUUACCGCUCGCCAUACCAAAGGAUUUAGCUCAUAGGAUAGUUCGCUUCAACGGCGAUCCAGCGUCCUGGUGGGUCGGCCAAAUGCUCAAGUACAUCCUCAAACCACGACCCUCGAUGCAGAAGUCGAUCAAUGAAACUAUGGCCAAGAUGAAUUUCAAGACACCGAUUGUUGGUGUACAUAUACGACGCACAGACAAGGUGGGGACAGAAGCGGCGUUCCACCACAUACACGAAUACAUGGCACACGUGAAGGAUUAUUACGACCAGCUGGAACUCACGCGCACCGUCGAUGUCAGGCGCGUGUACCUCGCCACGGACGAUCCUAAUGUGCUAGUGGACGCGCGCAGCAAGUACCCGUCGUACCAGUUCCUAGGCGACGAGUCGGUCGCCAAAACGGCGGCCACGCACCGCCGCUACACGCCGCUGUCGCUCGCCGGCCUGCUGCUAGACCUGCACAUGCUCGCCAUGUGCGACUACAUCGUCUGCACCUUCAGCAGCCAGGUGGGUCGAGUGGCGUACGAGAUGAUGCAAACGAACCGUGUGGACGCAUCUAACAGUUUCUUCUCGCUGGACGAUAUCUAUUACUUCGGCGGGCAGAACGCGCACGAUAGGAUAGCAGUACUGCCGCACUCACCUGACCACAACCAGGAUAUAUCUCUAGAGGUGGGCGAUUUGAUAGGCAUCGCAGGUAACCAUUGGAACGGUUACGGUCGAGGUACAAAUAAACGAAGUAAUAUGAAUGGCCUCAUUCCGUGGUACAAGACAGCGGACCAUCUCGUUUUGUACCCAUUCCCAGAGUACAAACAGGUACCGCUGUAUGCGGACACGCGACAAAACGAGUUAUAGGCACGAGUCUCACUCGUGUGAGCACGAUUGUGGGACUCGUGCGAGAAGUACGUCGGAGCUGUGGACAUGUCACAAUGUGAAAUAUACCCACGUAAUAUUGUUUUAAUGGUAAUAUUUUAAACUAAAUUCAAGCUUUAAACUCAAUAUGGAAAUAAUUUGAGUAUAUUACCCCAUAAUUUUAUAACCAUAAUAAUUUAGUAACCAAACAAUGGCAGUUAAUUUUUUUACUUUUAACAGUUUAUUGCUUUAGUUGUACAUUUCGUAAAAUUUAUGUUUACAUUAUCUUAUCUUACGACUUUAAAUGAAAACUAAACCAGUCAAAAGUAAAUCAAUUGAACGCAACGCGUAUAAUGAAUGAGUGUAAUUCAACAUGAAUAUUUUUGUUUGAAUGAAAUUAUUGACUUUAUCAAUUUAUUUUACAAUUAAUAAUAGCUGGUAAAUGUGCAGUCAAGUCAUAUAAGAUAGUUCAGAACAGAUUGCCUUGUUUCCUUUUAUUCUAUUUCCCUUUUAACUAGCAUAUUCAUUCCAAAAUAUACUUUACUAUUAUUUUACUUUAUACAUUAUUUUUCUGUGAUUGUUUUAAAAUAUUAAUAAUUCUAUAGUGUAGUGUCAUACUUUAAUAAAAUAGGGUACACUUUAUGUUGCUGGUAAAUAAAUUCAACGCCGCCCACACGAUCAAGUAUGGGCACAAAAAUAUGAGGUUCUUUCGAAUAACAGUCACACAUUAGGGUCGAUUUUGAGACGCCAUUCUCCAUACAUCUAAAACUAAUAUUUUAAAUUGAUCUUUUGAAAGUACUAUUUUACGGAUAAACUCAUUAUAAACACUAAAUUUAUAAUAGCUUUGACUUAAAUCUAUUAGAAAUUUAGUUCAUAUUAGCCCUUAGAACAAAGAUCAAAAUGAAAUUUUAAUUUUAGAGAUGAGUUCUAAAUAUAAUGGUGGCUUAGAAUCGACUCUAUUGUUUUGAAAUAGAGUCAAUAUCGAUUUUACAAUUGUAUUCAAUGUACAAUAAAUAAAAAAAAAUCAUGUUCAUCGAAAGGACCAUUCGAUUUGUUUAUUAAUUUAUAAUCGAACAAAGAUAUCGGGUUUGCCGAGAGAAUUAUAUUGAAAAGACUGGAUACUCGAAUAAAAUUUACAUAAUUUAAUCGAUCAUGCAAUUGUAUCUAUGUUAUAUGUAUAUAAUCGAUUGUGUCUGGGCGGCAUAUCAACAUCACCAUAGACGAUAUGGUAGUAUCAUUGUAGUAUAAGCUCAAAAUAAUUUUAAUCACAUUUUAUAAUCGUAUCUUUUUAUAGUUAUCUGUUAAUUUUAAUUUUCAAUCACUAAACUUAUAUAAUAUAAUUGAGAAUCUCCAACUGAAAGUAUGAAAUUAUUAAGAAAUCUCCGAACGAAAUGAUUUAUAUACAUAAAAAAAAUAUAUAUAUUAAUUUCAUUAUUUUUUAUUACAUAAAAUAUUUAUAUUAAGUUAAUUUAUCUACAGAUGGAUUUUACGCGUUUCUUAUUUUAACAUAUUAAACGCCAAAUUAAUAUAUAAGGACAUUCCGCAAACAUUAUAGAAAUAAUUUUGUAACGAUUGUUUUUCAAGCAGUAAUGAUAUGUUGGUGUGCUUCAUCUGUAGUAAAGUAAUUUAAACUUUAUAUUUUUAUAAAUAGAAAUCGGAAUUAAGUAAAAGCGAAUAAAACAGUUAACGUCACAUUGAAGAUACUCUUUUUUAAAAAUGGUAACGAUGCGAUCUCUUCUAAGUUUUUUUUUUUAAUUAUAAUUUUAAAAUAAAUAAACAAUUAUUUUACAUAACACAUUAUUUACAAUUCUAUAUACAAAUAAUUAUUAUAUUUUUGGUGGUCAUUAACAAUUUUACAUUAAAGAUUUGGUUUUAAAUUGCCAUCAUACAUACUAUUAUAUCUUUAAAAAAAGUAAAACAUUUUACUUUGUUAAAGUUGAAGUGGAACUUGGAAAUAAAAUCUAUAACCAUGCAAGUGACAAAGAUUUAGUUUUAGUGUGAGUAGGCCCUUAGGACAAUGUUUGCAGUACUCUUUAACGCUAUUAUCUAUAUACAUAUCUGCGAAUUACUUGAAUAUUUUUUUUAUCACGUGACCUGCCCAGUAACAAUAUUACACACAAAAUUGUGUACUGAGCAAGUUUCAUUAUCUAUGGUUUUGUUUAAUUUGUUUGCUGCGAUCUGCAUAAAUACCUAGCUUAGUUCAAAAGCUAUCUUACACUUAAGAUGUAAGUUUAACGUAUUGCUACAGUUUCAAUAGUCAGUUACAUAUUUAUUUUAUGAAUUGGCCAAAUAUGUGGCGCUUAAUUUAGAGAAUUUAACUUACUAUUGUUUUGCUUUUAUUGUAUUUAAACUACAUUAAAUUACUGUAAUAAGGCCUAACUUAACCCAAUAGUUACUGUGAUACAUUAUACACACGAUAACAAUGUUUAUUAAAAUUGUUUACUUUCUUAGUUUUGUUUAUUGAAAUUGUUUAAAAUCGUGAAACAUAAAAUAUCAUGUCAUACAUCACAAAUAAAUGGUCAGGUAGUAGUUUCUUCUAUCAAUCUUUUAUUAGUUGAGUUAUAAGUAAUUUUAGUUAUUUAAUACAGUCGCUAAACUUAAAUGUUACUUCUGAAGUUGUCUAGUAAUAAUCUAUAUCGAUAUUUUUUUUAAAAGAAUUGAUUUGAUAUGUAAAAUUGUUACUACCCAAGUUAUACGCUUUUAAAAUCGUAUACAAGGCAAUACUUACAGAACAGGAAAGAAUUAAUUUGUAAUAAAUAGCUUCGGAGGUGCAUUUAAAUUUGGUGCAUUCUUUAUUGUAAACUUUUCCUGUUAUGAUCUGAUACUGGUUGCAAAAACAUAUACUACUUCAUUAUUUUUAUUCCCUUAUAUGAUAUACAAUGUGUUUAUAUUAAAAAGUUAUAGAGUAAAACACAAAAAAAAAAUCGACAAAUUUAUUUUCGUAUUAUAUGUAAUAUUUUGAAAUUGAUUUCAGUGUCUAUGUUCUUUACAAAGUACAUGUCAAAUAAAAUUAAACCUUACAGACUACUACAUUAAGUAUGUUUUGAUAAAGAGAACAAUUUGAUAAGUAUAAAUUGGUUACCUACAUAAUUUAACAUGACAAAAUAGUGGAAAUAAAAAAAAUAAAAAAAAAAACACGAACACAUCUGAAUCGAAUAUUUUGUAAUCUUGUAUUCUUAUAACUACUUAUAUCCUAAAAAUAUUACAAACUGUAAUAGUAUAACGUCUGAAGUGCAUUUAUUACCUAUAUAUCUUGAACUUAAUAAUUAUUCGCGUACAAUUGUUAACGAAAAUGUGAGCUCAUUUACAUUAUGUAUUAAAUGUAAAAAGUUGAUAAACUAUUAAAUCAUUUUAAAUGUAUUAUAGGUACGUUUCGUUAUAUUAUUUAUGACAACAUGUCUGGUGUUGCGUAUUUUAAAAUUUGGGUACUCUUGUUUUCUUGAGGUCCUGAUUUAUAUAUCUAAACCCUGUUAAAACUGUUUUGAGGUAUGUGAUAACAAUAAUGCAAGAUCUGCAAUAUUAGGUAGUUUGUUUGUAAAGGAUAAAAUUAAAGUAAAUCUUAGAUCGACUUUCUUCCACGCAUAGUUAAAUUGUCGAACCAGCUCCCAACAGCAUUGUUUUCGAAUUGAUAUGACAUUGAAACUUUCAAGAAAAGAGCAUAUUCCUUUGUAAAAGGUCAGCAACACAUCUGAAAAUUCUGUAAUGUUGCAGGCAUUUAUGGUGGCGGGUCGCAAGUUCGUUUGCUUGUGUUUUAAGCAAAGAAAGUUAUUAAAGUGCAGAUGUAAAAAAGAUAUAAUCAAUGUACUCGUAACAUACCCGUUCAUUAGUGGUUAUUUGGCAUCUUUGUCUAAGAUACAUUACGUUUGUUCAUACAAGGUCACCAUUUAUGAAUUAUUUUCUGCGUUUUCAAAAUGAUAACGGAUUGCUUCUUAUUAUUUAUAUAUGACAAAGUAAUUUAUUAUACUUGUAUAAAUUUGUGACAAUCCUAUUAGUUUGGGGUACAUUUUGCCAUCACUUACAAAGGAAAGUAUGAGUAACACUUCUACAUAGGUUAUUUAUUCUUAUGGUAAUAUUGUAUAUGCAGGGAAACGAGAAAAUAGGAGUAAACGCCGUGAAAUGAUAACAAAAUAAAAAUAGGAAAGUCAGUAACCUUGAUAUAUCAAUUUAUCUAAAAUGCAAGGAAAAAUAUUUUCCAAUAAUGACAUUUUUCUAUAUUUACAACCAAGACAAUCACAAUAUGGCGAAAAUUAGUUCUAUUUUGAUUUUGAAUAUAUUAUUAUACAUAAUGUAUGAUACAGGUGUGACAAAUAUGUAUGUAUGUAUACAUAAUAUACCCGUAUUAAUGUGAUGCAAAAUAUUUUUCAUAAAACCUUAUUAAAACCAAACAAUACAUUGUUCAGUAUAUCAUGAUCUUGUUGUAAACGUUUUCUAUGAAACUUUUGUAUUGUUCUGAGCUUCGAUAAGAUGUAAUAAAUAUGGACCUAAACUAUGUGUAUAUAGCUUUAUAAAUUAUAGUGUAUAUAAAAGUAAAAGAAGUAAUAAUAUAAAUAAACAGUAUGUAUGAUUGGA